CGCUUCUGCAAGCCAAAACCAUCAUUAUUACUUUAAAUUCUUCAAAAGUGUAGUGUUGUGUUAGGUCAAUUACUCGAAAUAUACAAGAUAUUAAACAAUAAACAUGGACAUUGAAACUAAAGUCAAAGAAGACAUGAAGGCUUUAGGCUGCAAGUCUGAUCUAAAGGUAUCGCUAGCCUACCAACUUUAUUUACAUCUCGUAGACCAGAAGUUGAUGUACGACACGGAGUAUUGUUAUAAUCGGGACAUAGAAACCCUGUACGUCGUCGCCCGGCCGAGAAGGAACGAGAAACCAAACAUAUACGUGCCGAUACCAACGCACGACGAGAUCACCGUGGAUUUCAUCAACAAAAUACAGGAGAAUCUGUGUACAGUUGAGACCGGGCCGUCUGUGAACCUGGCGUUUGUCGAAGGUGACCUAUCUAUUGUAAUCUACACAUUCACAAAGGGUCUGGUGGAGCGGCCACCACCGGACAAAGUUGCCCAGCUGCGAGUUAGAGACGGUAGGAGGAACUUCAUUGAUAACGAGCUGAAGAAGAAGAGGAACAACAUUGUGAAUGAUGCCCUCAACGGAGGAGUUGUGGACGAUGAUGACUGCCAAGUACUGGAGUGAAGGAAGUAUUGUAUUAUUGGGGAUUUUGUUGAUAACAAGGACCAAAGUCCUUGGUUUUCUUUGAUGUACAGUUGUAUCUGUUAUAGUUACAAUAUUGUAAUGUUUGUAGCACACCACUGUGUGUGUGCUACAUGUUUGAUACCAAUCUGUUCACUCAUUUGUCAUUGAGCAAAGAUGUCAUGUAUUCAGUGAAGUGUAUGUCACUGGAGUUUUAGUAGUGAAAUAAAAAUAAUUAUAUAAGAUUAUGUAUCAUUCAAAAUGUAUGUUAUUAUUGUAGGUUAAGUGAAGAUAGAAAUUUACAUUUUACAAGUAACUUUUAAUAUUUCUAAUUAACUAAGUUUUCAUAUUAAAUGACUUAAUGUGGAAAUCUACUGUAACUGUAAACUUUGUAUCACUUGAAAGAGUAAAGCUAAGGAGUGAGUGUUUACUGAAAUAUUUGCUUAACGUAACACUCACUCAUUAACAUAGACAUUAAAUUAAUUAUUAAGCUAAUAUUUUAGUAUUAUCUCUUCAAAUACAAAUAGAAGAUGAGUUUGCAUGAUUGAAAAAAUGUUAUGAAAAUCUAGUGUUAUAAGAAAUAAUGUGUAAUGAAUUUGAAAGAAAACUGUUUGGUCUGAGAUUAGCCCCGCGCACAGAUGAUACAUUCCUUUUAUUAUUGUUGUGGGGCUAAUAUAAUGUAUACGGAGAAAAGAGUGUAGAAUUGUAUGAGUAAGAUGGUAUUUGAUAGUAUGAAAAA